AUGCAAUCAAUUUUGUUAAUUCUUUUAUUAUUAUCGGCAAAGUUAAUUUCAUCUAGAUUGGUAAAUUCUAAAAAUGUGUCACUCACCACGGAACUUUUACCACACACCGGUGAUAACACGAACUGUAAAUAUCAUGCAAAUAAGCAACAUGGCUGUGAUUCCACAGAUAUACACACGAAUUUAAACUAUUCAAAAUCAAAUAGCUAUAAUCCAACUAAUACUCCACAUAAUAAUACAAGUGUUAACUUAAUAACUAAUGAACGACGAGUUAAUGAUGAUAACGCAUAUAAUGAUAAACCAGGAAAUAAUGAAAGAAUAUCAAGAAGGGAGGGACUAGACGGAAAAGGAGAAUCACUCAGUUUGUUAAAGAGUAGCUCUUAUAAAAGAGCUUACGAUGAAAUUACGCGUAAGGUGACACUUAUGGUAUGCCCAUUUAAGCCAACACCAUCAUUGACAAAGGCAGUUAAACACUCCUUAAAGGCAUUAAAGUUAUAUUUGGUACCUUCAGGAUUUGAAAAACCCAAUUUGCUGAUAUUUGGUUUUACGACAUUUUUCAGCGCUUUAUUUGGAGGAGCAUUUCUAACGGUGGCUGGUUCAGAUAAGGUAUUUGCGAAACUAAGAGACAAAUGGGCAUUCCAAGGUGACUUUGGAAAUGGAAGUAUUGAAUCAAUCACCAGACUAGGGUUAAUGAUUCUUGUAACAGAUCUCUUGUUUCGAAAUACUGCUAUGAAAUCAGCGCUCUUUAAAUCACUCUCAAAUUCAACUUUUUUAACACACGCAAACUGGAUGACGAAUAAUCUCGCAAAGUUGGACACAACCAUAUUCCAAAAACUUUUCACUGGAUGUGCAAAGGGAUACACAGUGUUCAGGUUGUUGUUCACGACCCUUUUACACUUGGUACUUAUGAAAACUAAUUGGAACACGGGAUCGUUUAUGGUUGACCAUGAAUCCUCAAGGGUUCUGUCCGGGAUUUUCUUUACAUUGUUUUUAGUAUCAUUGUUUGGAAAUUUGGCUGACGUGUUCUUUUACGGUAAUUUUUCGAGGUUCCUGGACGUCCAAUACGUCCUUGAACCACUAGAUUUUAGGGAAACUUAUAAAAAGCUACGUGUUUAUGAAGAGUCUAAAAAUCUAUACUUCAGCCUUCCAGACUCUCUAAGAGGCCUUUAUGACACUAAUUCCAGGCUAUUAUUUAAUCUCUACAACGUACUUCAAAUGAUAGACGUCUACAUACCAUACAAUGUCGAGUGGCUAUUUUUAUACCUACAGGCCGCAAUGGCUCUAUACUCAAACAGUGCUUCUGGAAUUUAUCUAUCAGCAGUGCAAUACGUAUACCUUGCGAUUGAGCAAUGUAUAAUGGAAGUUGAGAAGAUUUUGCUGAAUGAAAAGGUAUCUUUUAAAAAACUAUUUGAAUAA